AUUUUGGGGCGAAUGGUGACAGAACAUGUGGGACAUCCGGGAUUAAAAAAAAUACAGAGAAAAUGCCAAUUUGCUUGUGUCUCUUUAUCGGCAUCCCUGCUUCUGGGAAAACAACAACUGCCAGGAGAAUUCUGAGCAUAGCCGAAGAGAAAGAAUCAACAGGAAUCGUAGUAAAUCACUUAAACUACGAUGAUUUUGUACAACCGGAGACAUGCUAUAGAGAUUUCCGGAAAGAGAUGCUGGGUAGGAUAGAGGACUAUGUACAAAAACACACAACGCUGGAGAAGUCAAUGGUUUUAAUUGUGGAUGACUGUAUGAUCUUGCGGAGUAUGAGAAAAGAAGUUCACAGCAUUGCAAGGAAACACAGACUCGGUUACUUUCAAGUUUGGUUCAGGAUCCCUUUGGAGAAGUCCAUUGAGAGGAACAGAAUGCGCGUAAAUGCAGUUCCAGAAGAUACGGUCGAGAAACUCUUUUCAACCCUAGAAGAUCCUGUGAAAGAUUCAAAUGUUGACACCCUCGUUGUAGAUCUAAAUCAAAAUUUUGGGUUUAGUAAAUUCAAAGAGAAAGUUUUGCAACAUUUGGAUCAUCGAGAAAGGCCUCCAGAAAUUCCAAGCUUAAAAGAGAAAGUAACCCCCUCAGAUUUACACAGGAUUGACCUAAUUCUUCGUCACGAAAUCUCAAGGAGAGUUCGGGAUGCGCACGACAGAGAGAACGUAAUAAGACUGUCUAAAACGUUAAAUGAUCAACGAAAGGAUUUGCUGAGAAUGUUCCGUGAAUCCUCAGAAACUCCACAAAGUAUCGAUGAAGUGAGGAACCUCCUAAUAAGUCAAUGUGAUUCCGAUGAAUAAACCUUGUUUUAUUUUA